GCAGCUGUGUGCUCUCUCUGCUCAGUAGUUGGCGCAGGCGCGCUCCGUCCUCUCCGUGCUCUACAUUGAGUGUUUGCAUUGUGUCUGAACUGCCGGCGAGCUUUAAAAAAUAUUUUACCAACAGCAGCAAUGUCGGGCAGGUCGGUCCGCGCGGAGACCCGGAGCAGAGCGAAAGAUGACAUCAAGCGGGUUAUGGCAGCUAUCGAGAAAGUACGGAAAUGGGAGAAGAAAUGGGUGACCGUCGGCGACACGUCCCUACGGAUCUACAAGUGGGUCCCGGUGACCGAGCCCAAGUCAGACGACAAGAGCAAAAACAAGAAGAAGGGCAAGGAUGACAAGUGCGGCUCGGAGGUCACGACCCCGGAGAACAGCUCCUCCCCCGGAAUGAUGGACAUGCAGGAUGACAACAGUAACCAGAGCUCCAUCGCGGACUCCUCCCCCGUCAAGCAGGAGACCAGUAACAGCGGAAGCCCCGCCCCCGAGACCACAGGCACCUCCCACAGCGACAGCAACGAGGCGAAGAGCGACCAGAGCCAGUCCCCGGGCAAAGACCUGCCCGCCCCCGACAGCAAGCCCGGCAAGAGCCACGCCCCCUCGGAGCCCUCGGCGCCCAGCCCCGCCAAAAAAGACUCCAAGCCCUCGGGGGAGAAGGAGCCCCCCUCAGACGCUGCCAAACCCACUCAGGAAUCAGAAGAUGGGGCCCCUCCCACGAAGAAGGGGAAAUUGGAGUCUUCCUCGCAUAACUCAGAGGAGAGUUAAGCGUCCUGCCCGACCGUCUCUCUCUUCCCCCCCCCCCCCCCCCCCCUUUACCAGCCCCAUUCACACCUCCGUCCUCAUCGGUUCCACUUCCUCAACGAUGGAAGGGCGGUGUCACUGAAUCACACACACACACCCCCCACAUAUCUUACUCCCAUUGGUCCAGGACUGCUCUGCCCCCCACGCCCCAGCCCCUUAAGUCUAAGCUCCACCUCUUCUCUUGUUCCGGCCAAUCGAGAGUGAGAAUUGGAGAGGGAGAGGGCGAAUCACUACAGCACUGGUUAAGCUAGUAUAACACAGAGCUCAGUCUGUGGAACGGCCUGGAAUAGAUGGUGCCCUCAACCGCUGAUCCUGGAACACUGAAGCCAACCCCCCCCCCCCCCCCAAACGUUUUUUUGUUUUUGUGCAGAAUGCUGAAACUGUUCCAGGAUCAGCGGUUGGGGCGCCACCGUCUAUUUGCGGUUUCAGACGCGGCCGCCUGCAAGCCGCCAUUCUCCUCUCGAACCCUCCCCUCCUCGUUCUGUCCGUCAGGGAGCUCCUGGUCCCGGGAUUGGCUGCCGCGCUGGAGGGUCACGCACUGUUCCCUCCUCUCGCCUCGCUCACGGUUGGGUUCUGCUGCUGUAAUAUCAUUUACUUAUUUUUUUAUUUUAUCGUUGUUUUUGUUCAUAUAAUUUCCAGAACAUUUAUUUAACACGGACAACAACAACUACAUGUUUAAUUAACGGUACAGGUCACUUAGAGAUUUUUUUCCUCUUUGUUAUUAUUUUUUUAAAUAUCUAUUGUUGUGAAGACCAGCCUGUAGCAUAGGUCCUGCUUGGUCACGUGCCUUGUGUUCUCAAAAAGAUAAUCUUGUGUUCUUUGUUUGAUUUUUCAUGUUUUUUUAUUUUAUUUUUUAUUUUCUUUUCAAAAGUGCCCAUUCUUUUUUUACGUUUUAUUUGUGAACGAUCUUUGAGAAAGUACACAUGAACCCCAGAAAUAUCAGUUUCAUGAGAAUAUUUACAAUUUAACUGUUUGAAUAUUUGAAAAAUGGGAAUGAUUGAAAAGCUAGCUGAAAUUGCCACAACCCGCACUCAGCGACAGACGGCUAGACAUUCAUAUCUCUUAAUUUUUUUAAAAUAUUAAUUUAGUGGGUAUGAAAAUGAUCUUUAUGGGGGACUGAGCAUUACGGUUCCCAGGUAAAAUGGGCUGUGCCAGAACACAGGAUGCCGCGCGGUACCUUCUGUUCCGUCAGGCAGGCCUUCAGCCAAAUGCACAAUAGAACAACAGUGUCAUUUCAAACACGCUCCUGUAGCCGGAACAAAAUGGCCUCCACUGACCUACGGCAGAUUUGGGUUCUUUUUUUUGUUUGAAUAUAAAAAGCCGUGCAAGCCGCUAUUUAGCCAAGCGCUGGGUGUUUACUUUGACAGUUGUUUUUUUUUUUUUUUUUUUUUUCCAGUUGGUUUUGUUUAAAUAUCAUAUGUAUAUUUGGAUUCAGAGUAGAUAUCUUUCUUUACUUAGACUCCGUGUAGGGAAUGUUCUGCUCUCGUUGCAUAUUUUCUAGAUUAAGAACACACCCACACGUAUAUACACUUGAGGUGGCAUCUGUGUUAGUGAAAUUAGCAGCAUGGUAGACCUUAGGAAAGGCAUUGUCUAAUGUUUGGCCCGCAUCUUUCCGAUGAGAGGGUUAUUGUAAUUGACUGCUGUGCUGAAGAUUGGUGCGUUGGUACCCUCAAGCUCCUCAAGAGUCUACAUUGGGUUCCUCACUGCAACACAGCAGAACCCAGUCUCAGUUGUCGUGGUGGUUCUCCAGACGGAACCCAGUUCAGCCGCUGGGGUCCCGCCGCUUUCACAGUCCAGGGUUCCUUCGCUCUGAGUUUUGGUUGGACUUGCGUCCCCCUCCGCCCCGCGGGAGUUUAGUUUAGUGAGAGCCGUCGCUCGGGGCCACAAAUCGGACAGAACCGCAGAUUUGCACAUACGUGACAUUCGAAAGGGUCGUUUGGAAAACACAAUUGCUUCCCAACACAUUUCUGAUCUCCCAAUCUGGGGAAAACACUCAUGUUGCCCCUGGUGUUUAUUUUAUUUUAUUUUUUGGCAACUUUUGGGAAGUGCAUAUCUAGCAAUCCCACAGUUUAACCUCAGGUGUCUAGAGUUGGGAUCAUGAGAUCAGUGACAACUUUGUCCAAAAUCUCCCUCUCUCGAUAAAUUUAUUUUUUUUUGUUUCGUUUUAUACAGACGCCAGGGUGCUUCAGUGAACUUGAUAACCAACAGAAAUGUCAGAUUGUGUGCAAGUCUAGAGCCAGGGGUCUGGGGCGUAGCUGCAGGGACUGGUGUCAGAAAGAUUUUCCUCAUUAGAUGAGUCUCUGUGGGAAUCUCAGAUAUUACUUUAAUUUUCUGUUGGGGGGGGGGGGGGGGGGGGAAGAAAAAAUGGAACUGUUCAAAACUCCUCUUUGCUUGGAUGGGUUGGCUAAGGUGACUGCAAAAUACCUCAUUUAUAGUCCAGCAGUGCUGGCACUUACACACUAUGUACUGACUUGGAUAUCAUGCAAUUCUCUGCCUGAAAAAAAAUCACACACCUAUAUAUGAGAUGUUUCCAUUUUCCAUUUCACCAGUGCCACACUGAACUAUCACCAUCAGUCGAUCAAACACAAUUUGGACCUAUAGAAAAAUGUCUAUAAAAAGCCCAAUAUAUAGUAUAUAUUUUUGGGACCAUAUUUUUUUUUUUCUUUACAGGCUUCAGUAGUAUUGUCUUGUUCAGCAGUAUGGUCUGUUUAUACUUAUUUAUUCCAUUGGUAGUGACUGGUUUUAUCAUGUAAAAUGAAUUUGUUUUAUUAAUAAAAAGUCACAAAAGACUUGA